CAUCCAGCGAGCAUAGGUGGCUGCGACUGUUAGGCUGUGUGCGAUUGUGUGUGUGUGAGAGUUUUUGUGGUAGUGAAAGUAAAUAAGUCUCCGCGUCGCCGGCAAAAUGUUAAUUUUCUUGUUAUUGUUUCUCGGACAGAGAAAAUACAUAAUAGUGAAACUAACGCAAAAAUAGGUCGGUAUCCUGCCAGCCGAGUAUCCAAAGGAUCGGAAAUGCUGCGGCCCCGCUGCCUGGUGUCCUUUUUGGGACUCUGCCUGGUAAUCAGCCUCGGAAUACGCUGUGAUGCUAGAGCGGUGAACGUGAGCAACACCUGGACGAUGCCGCAGGAGGGUCUGAGCGUCUUCUAUCGCUUCUUCCGCGAUCGCAUAUCCUGGUUCGAGGCGGACGCCGUUUGCCAGUUCCACCACGCCAAUCUGGUCACAGUCGACAACAGUUUCCAAUUCGAUGCGACGCGCGACCUACUGCGGGAAUUGGACGUAAACGACAUCGUUUGGAUUGGUCUCAUGCGACCGCAGAACUCGGAUCGUUUCAUGUGGUCGAACUCGCGUCCCCUGGUGGCGGACACUGGAUACUGGGCGGAGUCGCUGCCCCUGAUGGACGCCCCGCUCUGCGCGGUGAUCGACCCCAUUCGCGACUACCGCUGGCACGCCCUCCGCUGCGGCGGACCGGAGACCGCCUCCUUUCUCUGCGAGAUGCCAGUGCCCAGCUGGGCGGACGCCUGCAUUCUGAAGGACAUGCCCAACCUGACCCUGCAGUACAUGGCGGACACGGCCAGCAUCGAGCUGAUCCGCAACUGCCACGAGGAGGGUCUCCUGCGGCACACCUGCAGGGGCAAGGAGGACCGCGAGCACGCCAUCCGACAGCUGAUCUGCCCGAAGGAGCGCAUGGAGGCGCAGCGCAUCAACGACAUCACCAGCUCGCACUUCAAGUCGCUGCAGAUCAUCAAGAGCAUCCGCACCGACAACAAGGAGAACAACGACAUCGACCUGCUGCCCAACUACGGACGUCGCCCCGCAAACCCACCAGCUCCCGGUGCAGAGGUGCUGCCACCGGAGGCUCCUUCCCCCGCCUCCGGGCUGGGUGAGCUAAUGCAGGCGGAUGCUCCGGGCGCGGUCUCGCCCUCCGGACUGUACCGCAUUCCGGAUCUGGUGCCCAAGCCGGUCAAGAAGCUGGCCAAGAAGGCGACGACGCCGGACUUCGCCAAGAAGAUCCAGAGCAACCACCAGCAGCACAGCCAGCAGCAGCAGCAGCAGAAGUCGCGCAAAUCUCUGCCCCGCGAGCAGCAGCAACAGCAACAGCAGCAGCAACAGCAGCAGCAACAGCAACAUCAGCAACAGCGACAGCAGCAGCAGCAGCAGCAGCAACAGCAGCAACAGCAACAGCAGCAGCAGCAGCAACACGAGGAGGAGAUGAUGAUGGGCGACCAGCCGCAGCUCAGCGAGGAGCAACUGCCCCCGGAACUGGGAGUGCCACCCAACGAGGACAGCAGGGACGCCUCCAACGAGAUAAUCGAGCAUCUGCCGCACAAGAAGAAGGUCCUGCCGCAGGACCUGCGCACCAAGGCGCCGACUGUGCAGGCAGAGCCGCUGCUCACGUCCACGACAACGCUGAAGACAACCACCCUGGCGGCUCCUGCCACGGCGGCUCCUCCCACGAGUACAACCGCAGCAGCAGGAGCAGGAGCACCAAAGCCGACCACAACUACAGCAGCAACAGCAACAACCACAACAACAGCAACAGCGGCGGCAGAAACGUCUGAAGUGGCAACCAGAGCAACAGCAACCACCACUUGGCCAUCCACAACCACUGGCCAUCAGCAACGCAGCAGCAGCGCAGCAAGCACUCUUCGGUCGGGGGAAACAACCACCCGAACACCGGAGAAACCGGAGCCAACAACGAAAACAGCAGCAGGAGCAGCAGCAACAACAGCAACAGCAGCAACUUCAACCACGGAAAGGGCAACAACGGACGGGGCACAAAGAAGCAGCAGCAGCAACAACAACGUGGCCCACCCCAUCCACCCCUCGCAGCAGCAGCACCACCAGCACCAGCAGCAGCAGCAGUUGCACGACGGCUCGGCGGUGCAGCAGCAACAUGCAACGCACUUAAACGAGUCCGCCGACAACGCGCGCUUCAUUCCGCCGAUGCUGCUGGUGAAGUCGCACUACGUGCCACCGGCGAAGCACGCCAGCGAGCAUGCAACCGCAACAGGAGCCCCAGCAACAGCAACAGCAACAGCAGCAGCAGCAGCAGCAACAGCAACAUCAACCGAAGCAACAGCAACAGCAACAGUGAUAGCAACUGCAGCUGACACUGUGGCAACAGCAACCUUGACGGCGACAACAGGUGCAGCUGCAACUGCAGCAGCGGAGGUGACAACAAGCAUUAAAACAACAGCAACACCGACAGCAGCAGCAGCAACACCGACAGCAGCAGCAGCAACACCGACAGCAGCAGCAGCAACAGUAAUUGCCAGUGAAGCGCCAAAAGCGAAUGGAAUCGAAUCGAAUGGGACAGCAGCAACAUCGGUUGCAACACCAGCAACAGCAACAGCAACAGUAGCAGUAACAACAAGAACAACAACCACGACAACAACAACAACAACAACACCAUUUCCGAGGCCACUUAGGGAGUUCACGAUGCCGCCACUGAAUCAGGGAUCCUUCAAGGUGGACAACAACGGAAUGGGCAGCCCCGAGGAGGAGGACGAGGAGGAGGAGGGAGUGGCCGUGGGCGAGGGCGAGGGCGAGGGAGAGGGGGAGGGGCAGGGGGAGGCGGCCACCACGCGGCACAACUUCCUGGAGGAAACCGAUGCGCCGUUCAAGCCGAACCGGCGACGCUCGCUCACCAAGCCGGAAACGGUUAGCUACUUCAAGAAGAUCUUGGGCUAGGUGCUGCAUCCGCAACCACAUCCGCAACAGCAUCCGCAUGAGCAUCCGCAUGAGCAUCCGCACUAGUAAACCGUAAUCGUAAUCGCAACAGGAGCAAACUGUUGACCCAUGAAUUAGAGUAAGAAGUGCACUCCCUGCAGCGAACCGCUGGCCCUUUCCCCCUUCCCCUCUCCGCUUUCCCCCUUUCCCUUAGGAACCCAUUAGCCCACUAACCCGACGAAGGAAUCCCUCGGAGCACCCGACUCAACUGGACGCCACCAGUUGCAAGUACCGAAAUGUGUCAAUUUUCCACCGAGAGCGGAAAGGAAACAGAAUCAGAAAAAGAAGAAGAAGAAGAAACCAAACAGAAAGUGCGAAGUUCGAAGUUCGCGAGGCGGGGAAAAGCAGAGGAGCAAGAAGGCCAGAGGAGAUUGAGGGAGGAGCAGGGAGUGUGUGCGAUGCAAGGCCAAAUUAAGAUACGAUAGAUACUAGGGAAGAGUGUCUGGAGCACGAACCGCGGCGUCUGCUUUGGAUUUCCGAGGAGCGUUCGCCUUCCUUCGAGCGACAUGCGGUGGCAAACUCGAAGUGGAGAGCUGAAUAGCGAACCAGCAGAAGAAGUGGCACUCCAUCUCCAGUUCUGAAAACGGAUUGAGAGGGCAUUAAUAAAGAGGCUUUGGGAAUCCAAAACAGAGGUCGCAAUGCAAGUUACAUGUUUACCUUAAACUAUAAAAAUAUGCAACACAUACGUUUUUUUUUUUUUUUUUGUGUCCAUACAAAUUGUGUAAGUGAUGGAGGAAACUUUAGAAGGAGCGAAGCGAAAGGAAGGCAAACACACAUAAGCACACUUAAGAUUAGGCUAAAACUUAACAAAUUGAAUUUGAAUUCGAAACAGUCGGAGGUUCCCAGAAUUCCCAGAAGAAACCGAAACCGAAACGGAAACGGAAACGGAAACGGAAACGGAAACGGGAAUGUUUGUAGGUACUUGAGGUCAACUGGCAGAUUAACACGGUUCCGUUGGGUCGCUCUAUCGAAAAAUGUAGAAAAAUAGCAUAAAUGUAAACCGAGUAAUUGAAUUAUGAAUAAACAGAAACCCCUUCAAGAA